AUGUUGAAUAUUAAACUUUUUUUUUCAAUUCUUUUAAUUAUUUUAAUUUCAUUUACUGAGGCUAUCCAAAAAAUACGCCAGGACGAACCGCCACCACAUCACGAUCCGCAUGAUUCAAAGAACUCAAAAGGAGGCAUGUGUAAUCCCUAUAUGCUUACCGCUACUUCCAUGGACAAAUAUAUGGGUCAAAUGACAUUUUAUCAAGAUAACUCUGGAUCAUUAUGGUUAUCUGGUCUUUAUCAAACUGGAUUUAAUCCUAAAAAAAAUUCUUAUUUCUUUUCAAUUGUUGAUAGUUGUAAUAAUAGUCUUUAUGAUCUUACAAGUGAGAUGGGAAUAGAGUGGAAUAAAUGUGAUUCAUGUUCUAGCAAUAGUCAUAGCAAUUAUGGCUCUCACCAUAAAAAGGGAAGAAGAAAUGCGGAGGAAAACUGUAAUGAUGAAAAUUGGGGUACGAUGGGGUGGGUGGUUAAGAUUAAUGAUUUAACUUGGGAUUGUGAUGGACGAGGAGUUUAUCAUCAAGCAGAUCAUAGUUGUAGAAAGCAUGGAAAACGUGCACUUACUGAUCAAGGGCCAGAAAGUGGAUUAUAUCUUCAAGUUGGUUCUACUGGUGGUAGUUCGACUAAUACUCCAAUUAAUGUUAAUAAUGAGGGUAAUGUAAUUGUGCCACCAGCAGCAAAUCCACCAGCAGCAAAUCCACCGGCAGCAAACCCACCAGCACCAAAUCCACCAGCACCAGAUGCUAAUCCACCAGCACCAGAUGCUAAUCCAUCACCAGAUGCCAAUCCAUCACCAGAUGCCAAUCCAUCACCAGAUGCCAAUCCAUCACCAGAUACCACUCCACCGCCAAAUGCCAAUCCACCACCAGCAACUGAAGCACCAGCACCGACAG